AUGGCGGGCAGCGGUCGCCCCGAGGGGUACCGCGAGGGGCGCGCGUGGAAGGCGCGCGUACUGUCCACCACUGCCACUGGAGGACGUGCGCUGGUGUCGACCAACUGCCACGCGUUGGUGCGUUGGUUUGAGGGGGGGUGGAUCGUUGAAACAGGAGGGGUAUUAAUGGGAGUGGGGGGGGGUGCUGGUGAAUGUCAGGGAAUGGCGGGGAAAGUGGCUGCAGCAGCAGCAUCGUCAGCAUCACUGGCUAUUGUUCGGAAUGCCUCAAGAUCCCACCCUCUUGCUUUCCCCAACCCCUCUCUUUAUCGGCUGCUCCCUCCUUCACCUCCACUGCACCCCUCCACCUCUCAUCGAUCUUCUCACACCCCUCAGACACGUGGAGGACGCGAUGAUGGAGGUGCGCGUGCGCCUCUCUUCGGCCUCCGACCCCUCCUCUUAGUCCCCCCCUCCCCACCUCUGGCCCCACUCCCUCCCCUCCACCUCUCAACCCGUCUAGCUCUCUCUCAUGUACCUUUAAGUCGGGAAGACGCAGUGAGGGAGGCUCGCUCUUACCAUAGACCCCUCCUCUCUCCCUUCCUCGUACCUCUCUGCUCCCCCUGCCGCCCCCCUGUCUGUCUACCUCCCUGUCUUCCCAUCGGGUCUGGAGGAGGCAGUGAGGGAGGCCUGGAGGAGGCAGUGAGGGAGGUGCGCUUCUCUCUGGCCUCUGACCCCACCAACGGGCUGCUGGGGGGCGCUCUGACCGCCCCCUGCCCGCCCUUCCCCCCGCUGCUGGGGUGCGCUCUCGCUGGGGCACUCUUUGGGCGGCUGCGAGGUGAGAGGGGGGGAGGGUGGGAGAGGAGUAAGAGGGGGAUUGGAGAGAAACGGCGGUGGGUUGGGAAGGGUGUGAGAGGUGCGCUUCUCCCUCCCGUGCCUCCGGCCCCACCAACGGGCUGCUGGGGAGCGCUCUGGCUGGGAUUUGUCUGGGCGCCCGCGAGCCGAGACAUCGCCAUCCGGGCAGCUGUAAUGUUUGGCCUGGCCGGGGCAGGGCACCGGGCAGCCGUGGAAAGUUUCAAGGAGUGGCGCAUUCAGCAGCUCCUGGCUGCCCGCGUGGCUGAACACACUGCCGAACCUCAUGCCUCCCAUGCAGACGCGGCAGCAGACACAGGUGCAGCCACUACAGCAUCGUCCCCACCAGAAGCCACUGCAGCCCACCUCUCGCAGUCACCAGCAGCAGCAGCAGCAGCUGGAGCCCAGGCAGGGGCACUGCAAGGGAAGGAGCAGGGCGUGGGGGAGCGGGGCGUGGGGGAGCGGGGCGUGGGGGAGCGGGGCGAGCAGGCAGGGGUGAAGGCGGGAGGGCGGUGGGAGUGGCCAGAGUGGCUUCCUGUGAGGCGGCUAGGUGAGGAGGAGGUGAAGCAGCGGCAAGAGGAGUUCAGACAGAGAGUGGCAGCAGCACAGCGGCUGGAAAUGGCUGGUUCAGGGAGGGAGGGAGGCCUGGGAGGUGCAGGCGUGGGGGAGAAGGGGGCAUGA